AUGAAUCGAACAACUUAUAUUCUUGAUCCAGAGGGCGAAGUGGUGAUAAUAUUGUGCAACGCAGAUUCUCCUUUCGCGCAACCGGACGAAGAUAUGAUUGCCAGCAUGGUCUCUCAACCCUUUCCAGAACAAUGCGAUUAUGUCCAGGGUCUUACAGAGGAUAUUGAGACCUCAACGAACCAUAUGGCAAAGCCAAAGUCGACUUCUAAGAAAAAGAAGAAAAAGAAGAAUGUAUUAUCUAGCGCUGUUUGGGCUUCUUUUGAGCCGACUCCAACGCCAGAAGAGUCCGCCCCAGAGCCUGCCGAAGAACAACCUGCCGAAUAUCCCGCCCCAGAGCCUGCCGAAGAUCAACCUGCCGAAGAGUCUAACCCAGAGCCUGCCGAAGACCAACCUACCGAAGAACAGCCUGCCGAAAGUCCAAUCGAAAUCGGACUCGCCUGUGAACAGCAGGACGAGAGUUGCUUCCGCAUCCAAGUCUCCGCGAAGCAUUUAAUGCUUGCCUCCUCAGUUUUCAAGAAAAUACUUACUGGCAGCUGGAAGGAAAGUGUCGCUUAUCUGCAAAAAGGCUCAGUCGAGAUUACUGCAGAGAGCUGGGACAUCGAAGCACUCUUGAUCCUACUCCGUGCUAUUCAUAAUCAACACUACCAUAUACCGCGAAAGUUAACUCUUGAGAUGCUUGCUAAGGUGGCCGUCCUAGCCGACUACUAUGAAUGCAAGGAAGCCGUGUACAUUUGGAUGACUAUCUGGAUCGAUGCUCUAGAGGAAAAAAUCCCCUCAACAUACUCUCGUGAUCUAUUUCUGUGGUUAUGGAUUUCCUGGUAUUUCCAACUUCCAACCCAGUUCAAAGAAUCAACAUCGACUGUCAUGUCGCAGAGUAACGGUUGGAUUAACAACAGCCUGGGGCUUCCGAUACCUGAUAUGGUCAUAGGUAAGGCUAGAUGGACACUAAAGGUGCUCAGUCUCUAA